CACAAUUCGCCAUGACCAGGCUUGAGCAGCUCUCGGGGCCUCAUUGUAUACUGCUUGCUGCGCACUAUGCCUCUGAAUCCAACAUUACCGCAUUGCGCGCAUUAACCGCACUGAGGACAGCCGAUCUUGAGCUUGGAUUGGUACUCCGCGUCCUUCUAACUUACUUGCCAGAGAGCCUGGACCCCUCGCAAUAUUGCGAGUACCUACACGAGCUCGCAAUAAAUCCUCAAGCUUCCGCAUUGGAGGCCAAUGAAUCAGAUGUAUCAUCCGUCGCAGCUCUUUCCAACUCACAAGCGCGCAAACGAGCCCAUAAACUACACACAACACUAGAGCCUCUCCCGCACCCUCUCUACGAAAGCGAUCCCGAUAUUGACGCAUUCACACACUUCAUAAUACACCGAUCGCACCGAAUCGAUGCCGAAAUAGGGCAGCUCGAGCUAAUAUUACAACUUGUGGUGCCAUUCCUUCAACACUCAGAGUAUCUGAAGACAUGGUUCAUCUCCACUGUGCUGCCGUUACUUCGAAUUGGCUACGAGUAUUAUCCACCAAAUCCAACUUUGACGCUGGAUAAUUUUGCAGAGCUACAGGGGACAAGGGCAAUCGAAUAUCAGCUUUCGAACUCACGAGAGAUCAAAGGAAACCCGCCUGAUGUAAGGAAUGUCUCGCGAGAUUUACGGGGCAUAGUAGGUCCUUGGAUCUGUGGAGCCAAUUUGCGAAAAAGAAGGAGAUUGGAUUCCGGACAGCGUAGACCAUCAAUAGGCAUUUCAGAAGAGGCAGAUCAGUACGACUGGGAAUGUCUUUUUCACUAUCUCGUCCAAACUUCGAAGGUCGAUUUUCCUUUCACAACAUCCGCCUUCAACGAGUGGGAUGGACCCAGCGAUCUCGAUUUAGGGGGCUACGAUGAGGGGCUUGAACUUAUUGGAGAGGAUCAACAAGGCAAAUUGGAGCUCAGAUACGCGCAGGCAGCGUUGGCGAGCAUCUAUCUAGUGGAGGAUAACAGCAUGGACACACUUCAAAGAGCACAUUCUCUCCUGGCAAGGCUGAGCAAUUUGCUCAACUUAGAGCCACCACCCGAUUUACACAUUGGCGUGGGGUUUUUACCAUCAUAUGGCAUCGCUUCUCCACCACUGCAUGGGGCAACGUCCACGAUUCUCCAAGAGGAGCAUAUUCUGAACGCAGAUAACGCACUCACACAACCCGACGAGGACCGUGUGCGACUGCUUGCUCUCUUCAUCUUUUCUGCGUGUCUUUUAACGGGUCUGCAACAAGUAUUCUCCAUACGAGACGUCGCGAAAAUGUACAUCCGGAAUGACCCUAUUGAGCAGAAUGCGCUUCUCCAAAAGAUUCUACAUUUGCUGACGACCACAACCAAGAAAGAUGCCGACCAGUGGAGGACUAUUCGAUCCAAACUGUUAUGGCUCUGGAGUUGGGGUACUAACCGCCCCGAAAGCGACCGCUAUGGACAGGGUAUUCUGGGUAACAUCGAACAAAGAUGUAUCGAGAUUGAAAUUCUCAAAGCACUCAUCGAGAGCGGCCAUUACACCUUGAUAAUUCAAACAUAUCUCGAGAAUCUCUCCGGUCAGCUUCCUCUAACCCAACAGGAGGUUGAGUGGGUGGUUCUGCAAUCCGCGAUGAGUCACUACGAUAAUGCCAGCAAUGGUAAUAGGACAAGAGGUGGCGUGAAAAAGGCAUCAGAUAUCAUUGCUGCCUUGGGCCCUCAUUUUCCAAGCCCAACAAAAUUCGAACGCGCACAGGCACUGCUUUCUGCGACCCACGCCAUGUCUUCGUACUCCCUCAUUCUGCAGCAUGGCGUUCCCUUUCAGCCUGUCAAUAUCAGAGUGAGCGUGGAUCCUUUGUCACUGCUGCGUAAGCUGCUGUCUCAAAACCGAGGCAGUUAUACACAUUUGGAUGAAAUGAUCAGAAUCGGGCAGAACCUGGUGAUUUCGAUGCCAACAACCCUACUGGAAGAUGAUAGCGAUGCAAAUCCACUUGGUCUAACAGCUCUUGAAAAGCGGAAAACCGCUGCUGAACGUCGAGUGACCGGCAUGGCAAUUGAGGCGGCCCUCGAAGAAGAUGACUUUGAGACCGCUUAUUCCUAUGUGGUGAAUAGAUUGAGCCCCUCGUCACCUACUCCACUAGUUUCGCCAGCGCUAUCUACUGCUUCUCGACGAUUCUCCUUUAGUUCCUACGAAUCUUUCAAAGAGGAUGAUACGGACGAUGUAGCUUGGAGGGCAGCACUCAAUGCCGGCCGCUAUAGCUCAUCACCGAUGUCUACUUCCUGGUCGAGUGCGACCGCCCGACCUGACAUGCGUCGUCUAGAGCAGCGUAUGGAAUUAUUAUCUCAAGCCCUCAUUCUCGCCCCACCAUCUCACCUAGAGGAAGUCCUCUCCGUUUGGCGAGAAUGUGAAGUUGAGAUGACGAACUUGCUUGCCCAAGAAGCCGAAGCAGAAGAGAAGUUCAACGACAGGGCUGAUCGCAGGCUGCCAGGUGCGUUUGCUGAGACGGUAGCGUUGCAGCCCCGUCGUGAGAUCGGACGCGGUGCGGUUGAGGAAGCACCUAUGGGCCUGUUCGAUGUUGCCAGAGGCGCAGCGGCGGCCUUUUCAAAGAGCGCAUUUCCUCUGCGGCAGAACUCGACAGCCUCAAGAACAGUCGGGGAUGCAACCCCUGCUUCUGGCCGGCAGUCUCUAGAUAGUGAUCGUAUAAGUAUGGGCGAGACGGAAGAGGACAGAGUAAGGAAAAGAGACAUGGUGGCGAAUGCUGUCACCGGAGGUCUCGCCAGCGGACUCGGUUGGGUGCUCGGAGCCAAACCUGUUGAUCGUCCGUAGUGUAGAUAUGCCCUGAAGUUGUCUUUUCAAGCGAAAGGUCACAUGGUGCUUGAUGAAGAUAACGAAAGAGUGCAUGAAACAAGUAACAUAAGGCAAUAUUUAUCCAAUCCGAUGGCUGGGCAACUCCUAGAAUAUGCCAUUUAUGAGUAUCUUUGACGUACUGAUUCCGCCCUAUAUGAUUUUUCUCCACCGUUGUGACACUUGGCUUUCAUUAGUGGGGGGAAGGACAGCAAGAGCGAUAUUGUGAUGAAGGCCGGAAUAUAACAUUGUGAGUCAGCAUAGUUUCAGAUUCUGAAGAUGCGUAUUUGCAAACAGCGCGCUGUGCCCCAGACGUC